CCCUAUUCAUCUAUCUAAAAAGGGAGAAAAAAUAGAAAAGGAAAGACGAACCUGAAGCCAUCCCCUCUUUCUCUCUCUAAUCUCUAUCUAUCUGUUCAAUUUUCGGAUUUUCUGACCGGUUUUUCGGAAUCCAGAUAAGCUAGGAAGAAGUCUAUCAAUGGCUGACGUGCUGAGCAAGACCGCCGGCGUUGUCUUUUCGCCGUCGAGUGUUGAUUGCAAAUCGGCGAUUCAUCAUCAUCAUACACAGCACAGGGUUUGUGCUUUUCCAAAUAGAUCCGAGAAUUUCUUCUCUGCUCUGAAUCUUCGGUGUACUAAUCGCAACCUGCCGAGCACCGAUUUUUGUGGCGGUGGAGUUUCCCUCAGGCGUGAACGAGACACAACCGGCGUCGGAAGCCGCCAAGCAAUACCUUCUAGUGCGCCGAUGAGUAUUGGACUGAGGAAAGCUCCAAAAUGGUGGGAGAAGGGGCUUCAACCCAACAUGAAGGAGGUGACUGGCGCUCAAGAUCUUGUGGACUCCCUUUUGAACGCUGGUGAUAAAUUAGUGGUGGUUGAUUUCUUCUCUCCUGGUUGUGGUGGCUGCAAAGCCCUCCAUCCCAAGAUAUGCCAAUUGGCAGAAAUGAACCCAGAUGUACAGUUUCUGCAGGUCAACUAUGAGGAGCACAAAUCCAUGUGUUAUAGUCUUAAUGUACAUGUUCUUCCCUUUUUCCGAUUUUACAAAGGAGCUGAAGGUCGUGUUUGUAGCUUCAGCUGCACCAAUGCCACGAUCAAGAAAUUCAAAGACGCGCUGGCCAAGUAUGGCACAGAUCGUUGCAGCCUGGGGCCUCCAAAAGGCCUCGAGGAGAAAGAACUACUUGCACUCGCAAGCAACAGGGAUCUCUCCUUCGAAUACACACCUAAAGGAGAACCCUUGCUUGCUCCCUCACGAGAAGAGAUCACUAUAGGGAAAUCAUCAUCUAACCCUAACUCAGAAUACCAGCUCCCGCUGCCCCUUCCUAUUCCGCUAGCUACAUCACAAAAGGUCAAUCAAGACUCCGGGGACAAAGCCAUGGUUUCCCCUUCCCCCCGUUAAACGACAAGAAGAGGAAGACACUACAGCGUGACUUGGCCAUGUACAGUCCUUGUUUUCCUGUGUAAAUUACAUAUUGUAGUUUGGUGUUCCCCUUGUGGUGUGUAUAUGUUGUAGCCUUGUAGGAGAUAUGCUGCUGGGUGUUUUGAUAUCCCAAUAUGAGGGCAAGAAUGCGGUUUCUACCCCCUCCUGGCUUUCUCCAUUUUGAACGGAGAUUUGCCCAUAUGUGAGAUGCUAUUUGUAGUUUCUAUGUAUUCCUCCCUUAUGCGGAGUAUGUUAUAUCAUAGGGUAUACAUAGCUUGUAUGAACUAUUGAGUAAUACUCAAAUUAUAUUCAGUCUUCA